AAUGGAAGGUCUAUACGUCCUAGCCAACUUUGCGAAAAGAAAAUCUCUACACGAGCUACUUAACUAACCCGGAACUUUAUUAUAAUCCAGAAAACAUACCUCCCGGCACAGGAGCUGUUUUAUAGCCAGCGCAGACAUUUAUGUAGGAAUUGUGGACUUUUUAAAGCUGACUUUACUCCUUCUGAGUGGCUGCAAAUGUUCGUCGCUGCGAGGGCAACGGUUCCUACGGGAGAGAAAGCCUCGACUUGUCUUUUCUAAUCAGUGUGGUGGAGUCCAGACGUGCCAAAAUGCCGCAGCAGAAAGACAUAGUGAAGAUAGCCAUCCAGAUGCCGGGGGCCUACCCCCAGCUCAUACGACUGGACCAGAAAAAGCCCCUGUCAGCUGUUAUCAAGGAGGUCUGUGAUGGCUGGAAUCUCCCAGGUCAUGACAACUACGCCCUGCAGUAUGCCGAUGGAGUGCAGACAUACAUCACUGAAUCAAAUCGUCUGGACAUUAAGAACGGUUGCAUUUUGCGUCUGACCAAGGCCCCGGGGCGCUGUGCUGAGGACUUGUUCAAGGGCAUCCAGAGCUUGGACUUGGGCGUGCGAUGUGAUUCGUUGAAGCAACUGGCGAGCGUUGCCACAGACGUGACCUUCGCUCAAGAGUUCAUCAGCCGAGACGGACACAUCUUAUUGGUCAAGAUAGUGGAGGAUUCUAAUGAGGGUGCUCUUAUCAUGACUCACACGCUGACAGGCUUUAUGGAGCUGAUGGAUCACGGCAUCGUUUCUUGGGAAAACCUGUCAUCAAUCUUCAUUGAGAAGAUCGCUAGUUUUGUCAACACCAAAGUGGCGGAUGCAUCAAUCCAGCAGGUGUGCUUAGACAUCCUGGAGAGCAUGGUCCAGAGCAGCCACAGCCUCUUCCUGCAGGUCAAACAAGUGGUUACCAUGGAGAGGCUCAUCGCGCACCUCCAGACGACCAAUCAGCAGAUCCAGACCAAAGCAAUGGCUCUACUUAUGGCUCUGCUGCAAACAGCGGGGGAUGCCGACAGACAGGAAAUGUUUGCAUACAUGAAUAAGAAGAACCUCCGUCAGUACAUUUACAAGAACAUCAUCCACAGUUCUGGCUCAGUCCAGGACGAAAUGGCCCACUACCUCUACGUCCUACAAUCAGUGACCUUGAAUCACCUGGAGCCACGAAUGAGGACGCCGCUGGACUGCUACAGCCAAGAGCAGAGAGACAUCCUUCACGGUCUGCGGCAGGCAGCCUUUGAGACGGAGAGUGAAAACAGCCUGAGCCACGAGAGGAGACGUUCCCUCUGCGCCAAAGAGUUCAAGAAGCUGGGCUUCUCUAACAACAGUAAUCCCGGUCAGGAUUUGGUGCGAACGCCUCCUGGUCUUUUAGCUUUGGACACCAUGUUUUAUUUUGCGACUCGCAACCCUGAUGCUUACAGCAGGUUUGUCUUGGAGAACAGCAGCAGGGAGGACAAGCACGAGUGUCCGUUCGCUCGGAGCAGCAUCCAGCUUACGCUCAUCUUGUGUGAAAUCCUUCGCAUCGGAGAGCCCCCCUCGGAGACGGGAUCCGACUACCACCCCAUUUUCUUCAGUCAGGACCGGCUGCUGGAGGAGCUCUUUUGUGUGUGCAUCCAGCUGCUCAAUAAGACUUGGAAGGAGAUGAGAGCCACGCAGGAGGACUUUGACAAGGUCAUGCAGGUGGUACGGGAGCAGAUCACGCGCACACUGUCCACCAAGCCCACCUCUCUGGAGCUCUUCAAGAUCAAAGUGAAUGCCCUGAACUACAGCGAGAUCCUCAAACUGAGGCAGACGGAAAGACUGCACCAGGAAGAGACGCUUGCUCCGCCUGUACUUGAACUCAAAGAGCGUCUAAAGCCUGAGCUGCUUGACUUGAUUCGUCAGCAAAGACUCAACAGACUGUGUCAAGGAACCAUGUUCAGAAAGAUUAGUAGCCGACGCAGACAGGACAAACUGUGGUACUGCCGUUUGUCACCCAAUCACAAAAUGCUGCAUUACGGCGACGUGGAGGAGGACACGGAAAAUCCCCCGAUUGAGACCCUGCAGGAAAAGAUUCCGGUGGCGGAUAUUAAAGCUGUGCUGACGGGCAAAGACUGUCCUCACAUGAAGGAGAACAAAGGCAAACAGAACAAGGAGGUGCUGGACCUGGCCUUUAGCAUCACCUACGACGUGGAGUACAGCCUCAACUUCAUCGCCCCGUCCAGAACUGACUUCUGUCUGUGGACUGAUGGACUCAACGUCCUCCUGGGCCGGGAGAUGAGCAGCCAAUCCAUGCGCAGCGAGCUGGACAUACUCCUCUCCAUGGAGAUUAAGCUCCGCCUCCUGGAUUUAGAGAACGUCCCCAUUCCUGAGAGCGCACCCGCCGUGCCCAAACCGCCCAGCAACUACAAUUUCUGCUACGACUUUAGCCAAACGGAGCAGUAGAGUGUGCACCACCAGUGUGUGUCUGUGUAAAUAUAUGGUGUGUGUGUGCGCGCGUGUUUGUGAGUGUGCGCACACUUUUUUUUUUCCACUUAAUGACAACAAAAACAUGAACUGUGCUGCUGCUGUGCUCAUCCCACAUAGCUUGACUGAAGUGCAAUUUUGCUUUAUUUUUUUUACCAAUCUACAGAUUUUUGUCUGACCAUCAAGUCUUUGUGGAAAAGAGUUAGACCCCAUGAUCUUAUUAUACUGUGCAGAAGCACCAAAAAAGACCUGUACUUUAAUUUUUUUGUAAUGAUUACACUAUAUUUUACCAAUAAUCUGUUUGAUUUAUGGAAUAUCCCUGCGUGUAAAUCGGCUUAUUGAGGCAAUAGAUUUGUCUCAUAAAACUGGCUGUACCUUAAAAAAAUAUAUAUAUUUUCAGUGUUCAUCUUAACAAGGUAGAGCCUAAAAUAUCCCUUUUUGUGAAGACAUAUGGUACACAUUGGAUAAAUGAACAUACUGUAGGUACACCAUUCCUAGUAUAUUGUAAAGAUUUCAUAAAUGAUGUAUUUUAAACAGGGUACGGAUAUGUUGUCUGCUUCAAUUCCCAACAUCCUGUGCUGUUGCUGACACCUUGCAGGCUUCACUACAAUCCUUGUGUGAAGGGACGCGAUUAAAUUCACACAGUUUGGAUGCUUUAACAUGCAUUUGUCAUGCCACUCUGCUUUAUUUUUUUUUUAACUGCUUAUAGGAGAUUAUUCAUCAGUCACAGUCAUCAUGGUUGGUGCAUUGUGUCAAAAUACCAUCGACUAGACAAGUAUCUCAGGGUCUUGUUCACGAAUGAGGGAAGGUUGGAGUGUGAGGUCGACACGCGGAUCGGCGCAGCGUCUGCAGUAAUGCAGUCGCUGUACCGGACCAUCGUGGUGAAGUGAGAGCUGAGCCGGAAGGCAAAGCUCUCAAUUUACCGGUGAAUCCAUGUUCCCACCCCCACGAGCUUUGGGUCGUGACCGAAAGAACGAGAUCGCAGAAAAUAGGGUGGCUGGACUCACCCUAAGCGAUAGGGUGAGGAGCUCGGCCAUCCAGGAGGGGCUCAGAGUAGGAGCCAGUUGAUGUGGCCAGGGCAUCUGGUCCAAUUGCCUCCCGGACGCCUCCGUGGUGAGGUGUUCCGGGUAUGCCCAGCCGGGAGAAGGCAGUGGGGCAGACCUAGGAUACACUGGAGGGAUUGUGUCUCACAGCUGGCCUGGGAGCACCUUGGUGUCUUCCCGGUGGAGCUAGAGGAGGUGGCUGGAGACCGGGAGGUCUGGUCUUCCCUGCUGAGGCCGCUGCCCCUGUGACUUGGACUCACAUAAGUGGAACAAAAUGGAUGAACCACAGACUCAUGAUUUACAUGCUAGUUGGGAGACUCUUUUUUUAUAAUAAUAAUGCAGGAUCUAACAUCUGUUAAAAAAAUAAAGUUAAAGGUCUCACUUUUUUUUUUUUAUGAUGAGUGCAUGGCUAGCACCAUGAAAUGUUGAGGCUGCGCACUGAGUGGUGAUUGCCAUCUAAAUACAACUUAAUUAGCAUCAACAGAAUACAUCUGUUUAUACAUUAUGUCUUAUUUAGAGUAUAUACCAGUAUUUCGUAAUUAUUCCUCACUGAUCACAUGCUCCUGCAGCCUUGCAAGGAGCGUUUCAUAUUUAAUUCACCCAUUGGAAUUGCUGUGAAUAAUGGAAGUUGAUUGAAGGUUUGAAAAUAGAUAAAUCGAUGUGCAUACCUAAUAAGUAAAGCCAUGUAUUUUUGGGGUGCACCCUGUACAAAGGCAUGUCGUCACCCACCUGAACAGAAUAUCCCUCACAAGUUGCAGAUGACCCUGCGUUGUGGACAAUGUGGUGAAGCUCGAGCCUCCGUAUUUGUUGAGGAACAUCCAAUCAGAGAGUCAAGUCAGUCCCGCUGUGCAGCUUGUAAUGGACAUUUUCCAAAAAGGGCAGCUGUGACUGAAUGAGGUCCACAGUGGUUCCUGAGACACUGUUGCACAUGGACACGUCCAGUGUUUUGAGUCGCUUGCAGUGCUGAGCCAGCAGGAACAAAGAUCUGCACAUCCAUACAUCAGUCACUAAAUUUGGGACUUGAAGACGUAGUACUUGGAGCAAAGUGCUGACUUACUUGUCAGUGAUGUUAUUGCAAGCGGAGAGGUCGAGAUGCUGCAGUCUGGGGAGGUGUGGGGCCGCCUGUGCUACGCCGUGGUCACUGAUGUGUGCACAGUAGCUGAGGUCCAGGCUGGUGAGGCUGCGGCAGUGUCGGGCUACGUCUGACAAACUGGCGUCUGUAAUUUCAGGCAGCAUGGACAGAGACAGAUGUUGGAGGUCUGGGUAGCGCACCACCUGCAUUCAAAACAAGUCAUGAGUCCUGUUUUUUUUU